CCGCGAGGCGGGCGUACUUCCGCCGUCGCAUCAGCCUGUCGCUGGCGGGACGCGUCGCCCCGGGGAGCGCGGCUGGCACCAUGUUCCUGACCGCCCUGCUCCGCCGCAAUCGCAUUCCUGGUCGGCAGUGGAUCGGGAAGCACCGGCGGCCGCGCAUCGUGUCUUCGCAUGCGAAGCAGAACAUGCUCCGCCGCUUGGAGAUCGAGGCGGAGAACCACUACUGGCUGAGCACGCCCUACCUGAGCGCCGAGCAGGAGUACGGCCACGCCGCGGCGCGCAGGGCGGCCGCCUUCGAGGCCAUAAAGGCAGCCACGGCCUCCAAGUUCCCCCCGCAUCGGUUUGUGGCGGACCAGCUCAACCAUCUCAAUGUCACCAAGAAAUGGCCCUAACCCUGAGCCGUUAUCCUCCGAUGUUGUAGAUCUGGAGGCUGCCCUGUCUUUACCAGAUCCUGGAACUGAAAACUGUGGCUUCUAUUAAAAUGUCAGCCUUUGGACCAGUCUUAUUAAAACAGAUAUGAGCACAGUGGUCUGCAUAUAGAAUAUCUGGGGCGCUCAGCUCCCUAAUACUUAAAAA